CGUAAUUUCAUGCUUGCAGUUUAUGUAAGACGCAAAGAAAAACGCUUUUGUAGCUUUCCGCUGCUUACAACGCAAGAAUUCAAGCCACUAUGAAGACAAGAGGGCAUUGUGGUGUUUUUUCACUCCUCCUUGCUACUGUUGCUUUCAAUGAAUUUCUAGCCGUCAGCGCAUACUCAGCAUCUUUUGCACGGGCAGCGGGGCUGGACAGCAUCGCCCCGUGGAGGUAUUCCCAAUACCCUUCCCCUUUCGAGUAUCCAACAGUGUGUCGGACAACUUCUGAGAAACUUUGUGAUCCAGACGGGAUUUUGAACGACAGUGAAGUUGAGCGUGUCGAUCGUGUAUUGAAGACUAGCCGUGAAUUUGUACUCCCCUGUAAAGCAGAAAGCAACGUCGAAGGAAUAAAAGGGAGAGUGAUAAAUAUUGAGAUAGCAGUGGCUCUCGUAAAGCAGAUGGACCUCCUCGAAUUCGAAAUGAACAGCAAACAACAUGAACGCGCUGCGGAAGUAUUUGCAAGAUCACUGCAUAAUGAGUGGGGAGUAGGAGUUACUAACAGCUGUGGAGGAACCGGUAUUUUAUUGUUUCUUUCCGAUUUAGAUCGUGUGAUCUAUGUUUCACGUGGAACAGCACUUAAAACAAUUUUGACCGAUCGUCGAUUGGAUCGGGCUAUGAACAAGAUGAAACCGCUGUUACAAGAGAAGAAAUUCGAAGAGGCCAUUUUGAGCGCUGUGGAAGAGUUUGAAUUUCUUAUUCAGUAUGGCAAGCCGCACACAUGGGAACUGAUCAACGACUAUAUUACCAGGUACGGCGGUCUCUGUUGGGUCGCUGUUUUUUUAGUUUUUGCAGGCAGGAAUAUCCAUGUACAAACCAAAAAACAGAGAGAAUAUGCCAAGGUUCGCAGUCAUCUGUCAGAAAUGGAUCGUGCGCGAGCUGAAGCGCUGCAAGGUCGUUUCUGUGCGACGUCAUGCCCAAUCUGUCUCGAACCAUUCCCAGAUCAUGCCACCACCAGCACCCGUACCCCGGAACAAUUGGGCUCCGAUAAUCUCCCAAUCAAACUACUGCGCUGCGGACACGUCUUUGACCAUAAUUGUUGGCUAGAAUGGGCAAGCAAAGGUCAAGGUCAGGUUACCAAAUGCCCUAUUUGCCAGCAAGAUGUAGGCAUGGGGGAAGACCUCACAACAGCCAGAAAUACUCAGUCACUCUCACGGCGGUCAAGUCGGGUUGUCAGUGAUGAUCUUGAUGACAGUAUUGGACAUCGAGGCUUGGCUGCGGAAGGAGAGCGAUUUCUUAAUCUCCACAAUCGUGAACGCAGUUUUCGUCUCACGCAGCUAGGAUACCAGUUUCCUCAGAUCAUUGGGCCUCACCAAAUUCAGCAGUGGUCACAGAAUGAUUACAACGGAAUGUUGGUACAGGAUCCCACUUUUAUAAGCAGUGAUCCGGUGUCUGGUGUGGGGAGCUCUGCCCGCGGUGUUGGGAUCAAAAGCAGUUUUAGUGGCGGGUCCAGCGGAGGCGGUCGUUGUGGUCGUUGGUGAGAUACUUGCAAAUAGCAACGCUAUUAGUGUUGAAGCCAUGACUUU